AUGAACGUCCAAGAGAGGGUGUUGUAUUUGAUACUGCAGAAGAGUAGUGGUCAACUACAAAUAUUUAAUGAUCAGAAAACUCUCAUUCUUCCUGAUUCUUACAACAUUGGCUGGAUGGCAACUCUAGACGAUAACAAGUUAAUUUCUGAAAUCACUAUUCCUGGUACUCAUGAUGCCUUGGCCCUUCAUGGAGGACCAUUAGCUAAAUGUCAGGCAUGGUCACUGAUGGACCAGCUAAAGGCUGGGAUACGUUACUUUGAUCUUAGAGUGUCUGGAGAAGGUUUGAAAAUUAAACAUGGAAUAUUUGACCAAAACAUAACAUUUCCUGAAGUUCAAAAUACAAUCAAAAUUUUUUUAUCUGCCUACCCAACUGAGAUUGUGCUUGUCAGAGUUAAGCCUGUCUCUUCUUUAAAAAAGAAAGUUCCAGAUUUGGUUGAAAACAAGAUUAAUAAGGCUAUUAGCUGGGUCGAUUCUUCAAUGCCAAGAAUUGGUCAAGUAAGAGGAAAGAUUGUUUAUGUUCAGAAAAACAACUUUAAACUGGGGGUCCCUCUUACUGAAACGGAUGAAAAGGGUGACUAUAGAGUAACUAAUGUAGAAAAAAAGAUGAAAAAAAUUAGAGAGCACUUAGAUCGUGCUAAAGAAUCACUUAAAAAUGGUUCACGUUCUCUUUUUAUGAGCUAUUCAAGUGGCACAGGCAUUGGUACAAUUGUGGGUCUAUUGAAGUGGUUAACUCCAAAACGUGUUGCAGAGAAGAUUAACCCUUUACUGUAUAAUUAUCUACAAUGUGCAUCUAAUGAGAAUCCCAAACCUUAUUUUGGGAUCAUAGCCAUGGACUUUCCAGGUUUUGAUUUAAUUCAGAUGGUCAUCGAUCCCACUACUGAAUCUGAAACUAAUAACUUGGAAACAGCUUUGUAA